AUGAGGGAUGCCAAAGCCCUCGGGUUGAUCCAAAAUACCGUCUCCGACUCCAUCUUCCCCAGGAUCUCCAACGAGGAGACAGCAAAGGCGGCGUGGGACAUUCUCCAAGAAGAGUACCGUGGGAGUGAAAAGGUACGGACGGUUAAGCUUCAAACUAUUAGAAAAGAGUUUGAGCAAAUCUCUAUGAGAGUAGAAGAAAGACUCGAUGAUUUUCUUACUAGAUUCACCAAUGUUAUAAAUCAAUUAAAAACUUAUGGUGAAGAUGUAACAAAUCAAAGAGUAGUUCAAAAAAUUCUUAUUUCUCUCUCUAGUAGAUAUGACCCCAUUGUAAGUGUGAUAGAAGAAACAAAAGAUAUGGAGAAGCUUUCAUUACAAGAGGCAAUCACAUCCAUCAAGACGUUUGACCAAAAGCUUGAGAAGAGGAAUGAAGCUUCUACCAUGGAGAGAGCCGACCAAAGCUUCAACAUAAGCUCAAAUCAACAACAGAGCCAGAAGCAAAAGAAGAAGAAGAAAGGAGGCAAGCCCAAUUUUGCUCCAAAGCCACAACAACAACAACAAAGUGGAAACUCACAACAUGGUAGCAAAUCCACAUGUAGAACUUGCGCCAAGUCUCAUCAAGGGAAGUGCUGGUUCGAGGGGAAGCCCAAGUGCACCAACUGCUCUAGAUUUGGACAUACCAAAGAGCAGUGCAGGACUCAAGGAAAUCAAAACCAAAACUACCGGCUAGUCUUUGCACACCAAGAAGAGGACGGCGAAGUUUUUGGUGAUCAAGCAGUGAAGAUCUAUGAUGAUAGGAGUUUUAACAACUUGGUGGCCAAAGUCAAGAUGCAACCCAACAGAAGUUUUCCUCUCUCACUGCACUACUGGAACACUCAAGCUCUAAAGGUUGAAGAGGUGAACUCCUCCUGGCUAUGGCACAAGAGGCUCGGACAUCUCAACUUCCAAAGCGUCAAGACUCUUCAAAGCAGAGAAAUGGUGUAUGGCCUCCCAACCAUUGAAGAAAUUGAAGGUGUCUGCUCCAGUUGCAUGAAAGGCAAGCAGCAUCGAGGCGAGUUUCCAAUGGAAGGAGCAUGGAGGGCAACAAAGCCUUUGGAGUUGAUCCAUACGGACCUAUGUGGUCCAAUGAAGACGGAGUCCCUGGCCGGCAACAAAUAUUUUAUCACUUUUAUUGAUGACUUUAGCAGGAUGCCAUGGGUCUACUUUUUGAGGCUCAAAUCAGAAGCUUUCACCGUCUUCCAAAAGUUCAAAGCAAUGGUGGAAAGACAAACAGACCUGGAGAUCAAGAAGAUUCGAAGUAAUCGGGAUGGAGAAUACACUUCAGCAGAGUUCGAGGACUACUGCAGCAACCUUGGCAUCGAGAUGCAAACCACAUGUCCAUACACUCCUCAACAGAACGGAGUGGUAGAAAGGAAGAACCGGACUAUCGUAGAGAUGGCCAAGAGUCUCCUACAUGAGAAGAACCUUCCCUACAAGUUCUGGGGAGAAUCAGUAAACAUCGCAGUGUACAUUCUCAACCGGUAUCCAACAAGAGCAUUGGAGGACAUGACCCCAUUCGAAGCAUUCUCAAAGUAG